UCUUCACUGCUGAUGCCGAGUGCCGACUCCUCCAUACUACUACUUCACGAUCUGGUCCAAAGCCCCAACUGAAAUUUACAUCCAGGCCCUUCGCCGGAGAUGGCGUCGGAGCUGACGUACCGUGGCGGCAGCGCGGCGCCAGGCUCCGCCUCCAACGGCGGAGAGUACUCCCCGAAGCCCUCCAAGCCGCUCUCCUGGCUCUCCCGCGCCGCGCGCUACGCCGCCGCCGAGCACCGCCCGGUCUUCGCCCUCGCCGGCAUGCUCUUCGCUGCCGCCCUCUUCACUUUCUCCUCCCCCUCCACCUCGUCGCCGUCCGAGCCCGCCGCGUCGGUCGGAUUCAACCACCUUGCCGUCACCGGGCACCCGUCCUUCCGCGAGUCCGUCGGCGGCAAGGUGCCCCUGGGGCUGCGUCGGCGGGCGCUGCGGGUGCUCGUGACGGGCGGCGCUGGGUUCGUGGGGAGCCACCUGGUGGACCGGCUGGUGGAGCGCGGCGACAGCGUGAUCGUGGUGGACAACUUCUUCACGGGGCGCAAGGGCAACGUGGCGCACCAUCUCCAGAACCCCAGGUUCGAGGUGAUCCGCCACGACGUCGUCGAGCCCAUACUGCUCGAGGUCGACCAGAUCUACCACCUUGCCUGCCCAGCCAGCCCCGUGCACUACAAGUACAACCCCAUCAAGACCAUCAAGACGAAUGUUGUUGGGACACUGAACAUGCUUGGGUUGGCCAAGAGGAUUGGGGCAAGGUUCCUACUUACAAGCACCAGUGAAGUCUAUGGUGAUCCCCUCCAGCACCCUCAGGUGGAAACUUAUUGGGGCAAUGUCAACCCUAUAGGUGUCAGGAGCUGCUAUGAUGAGGGCAAGCGUACAGCUGAAACAUUAACCAUGGACUACCAUCGUGGUGCCAACCUUGAGGUAAGGAUUGCCCGGAUCUUCAACACAUAUGGUCCUCGCAUGUGCAUUGAUGACGGUCGUGUUGUCAGUAAUUUUGUUGCUCAGGCGCUGAGGAAGGAGCCUUUGACAGUUUAUGGCGAUGGCAAACAGACUAGGAGCUUUCAAUACGUAUCAGAUUUGGUGGAAGGGCUGAUGAAGCUCAUGGAAGGGGAUCACAUUGGACCAUUCAACCUCGGUAAUCCUGGAGAAUUCACCAUGCUGGAGCUGGCUAAGGUGGUUCAGGACACCAUCGACCCAGAGGCGCGCAUCGAGUUCCGUCCAAACACUGCAGACGAUCCACACAAGCGCAAGCCUGACAUCAGCCGCGCAAAAGAGCUCCUUGGCUGGGAGCCCAAGGUUCCCCUUCGUGAGGGUCUUCCUCGCAUGGUCACUGACUUCCGCAAACGUAUCUUCGGGGACCAAGGAGAAUCCACUGAGGCAGCUGGUGGCCUUUCUUAGUCCUCAACUUGUUGGAAGUGACACGUUUGUUCAGUUUGUAUGAUCACUUGAUACAAAAGCGGGCGGGAGCAUAAGAUCUGGACAGUUUUGGUGGUAUGCUCUUUGGUUGCUCUAUACGACACGGACAAAAAGGUCAUGGUUGCAUACGUAGUUCUUAUAAUAGGAAUAUAUAAAUGUUUGUUACCAAGUACGAAAAUAUCUUGCACUGCUGUACUGCUGUUCUUUCCUAAUUUGGAUGUAAUGCUAUAGUAUGUAACAACGUACUUUUUCUAAUGUAUUGUUAACAGAUUGUCUGGAAAGCUAA